AUGGACGAAGCCGCCGACGAAGAUUCGCCCAUAGAGACGACGAUUGUCCAAGCCGAGGACAUCGAUCCACCAGCCGUCGUCAUCGACGAAGUCGAGAUGGAAGUCAUCAUGAUUGCGCCGUUGCACGACAGCGACGCCAUGGACACCGUCGUCGAAGAACUGUCCGAGGUCGACGUCGACGUGGUCGAGGCUACCGACGAAGGGACGGAGAACGAGACUGUCGAUGUUGUCGAAGAGUCGACAGUGGCCGACAAAGAGGAAGUGGAUGCUGCAGUGCCCAUGCCGCGCAGCACGGUGGGUGAGGAGUAUGUGCUGGACGAUCUCAUUGGGAGCACGGUGCCCGUGCACACGCGCGUCGUGGCCGCUGGCAUCGUCGACGAGAUCAUCGAAAGCGCCGUCGCGCGCGUCAACGCCAAGGAAACCGUUGAGGUCGACAUUGACGCCGAGAUGGACGCCGAGCAGCAGCUCCUUCAGGUCCAGCACGACCUCGCUGAGAUCGCCGCGGAGCUCGAGCAGAUCAAGGAAGCCAGCGAGAAGAUCGACAGCACGAACGAGUCGGACUAUAUUGGUAGCGAGAUCGCGCCACAAGACGAGCCGGUACCGCAGUCAUCGGACGCCACGACGGCCGACAUUGACAACCCAAUGAUCCCCAUGGCACCGUCAAGCAAGGCGCCGUCAAGCAAGAGCAAGCACUACAUGUCGCUCGGGUCGAGCGUCGAGAGUGGUAUCGUCAUGUACAACGUCCAAGUGCCAAGCGGCCGUGUCAUCCACAAGCGCUACAACGACUUCAAGGUCCUUUACAGCGACAUGGCGCACGUCAUGCUCGUCAACGACGUCCACGGCGGCGGCGGUCUUCCGCCCAUGCCUCGCGCAGGUAUGAUGUCGCGCUUCACGCGGCAAAACAAGGCGAUGGUUCAGGAGCGCGAGCAGGUGUUCGAGUCGAUUUUGAAUGCGAUUGCAGCGCACCCGAUCGCGAGCCGCAGCCCCGAGUUCCAGCACUUUCUGCGUUAA